AUGAAUGAUAAUAAUCCACGAACUUUACGCGACUUGAACCAACAAACAUUACCAUUAAUACCAACCGAAAUAAUAGCAGCACCAACUCAAAGACUUUUAGCCGUCUCAACUUUUGUUGCCUUGCUUGCAAUCAAAAUACUUGAUUUUUUCAACUAUUAUUACUCUUCUCCAGAGGAUAAAUCAAUACUCGCAUCAUCAACGUACGAUAUAUGGUUAAAAUGGUGUAUAUUUGACUCGAUCUACUUCCUUACCUUGUACAUAUUACGAAUACCUUGGUUACAGCAUCCUCUUUGGCGCUGGCUACUUUUUAUAUUUGUUAUGAGUACUAUAAACUACGCUUUUUUACAGCCUGCUUCGGCUUUAGAAAUUGGAGUUAUUAGACCCUUAUCAGAAAUACUAAGUUUAAAGACUGAAAAAGUACGAGCUGUUAGUUCUGAAGAGGAUAUAAAAAUAGAAAAUGAUGAUAAAUUCUGUAUAGAUAGUUCAACAGAUGAUUAUUAUAAUAGGAAAAAAAGUGCCAGCACUAAGAUGAUGAAAGUACCAAUUCUAUUCAACAAGACAUCACCAAUAAAUAUCAAAUUUAAAAUAAUAGAUUUCGAAACAGGAUUGAAAACUUUUUACGAAUACAAAAAAAAAGACAUUCAAAACAAUCGUUUCAUUGAUGUUAUCCAGGAUGUUGUCUAUGUCUAUCUUCCAGUGUUUAGGCCUGGAGUUUACCAGCUUGAUGAGGCAUUAGAUGAUAGUGGGAUGGGGAUAAAAAUUUAUAAACGAGAAGCCAUAAUACCUCAUUGUCCUAAAGCUAUAUUCUUACCAAAAUCUAAAUUGGAUUUGUGCAUCAAUGAUGAUCUCAAUGUCAACUUGAUUCUGAAUGGUGUGCCACCGUUAAAUGUGAUCUAUGAACGAAGAGUAAAAUUCGAUGUGGUUAAUAUGUCAAUAAAUGAUGUCAUGCCAUCAUAUUAUACUUCAACUAUUACAGCAGCUGAAGCUGAAAGUCUGGCAGUUAUUGGAAAUUAUGAGUGGGUUACCAAUCAACAGAUUGAAGUACCGUUGAAUCUUACCGCUGACACAAUUGCCAUUUAUCGUCUAACCAUUUUGCAAGUUCAAGACUUUUUAAAUAAUACUCGUGUAUACACAAAAAAAUCACAUGAUUUGACAUCUUCCAUUGAUUUCAAUGUCAAUUCACGACCUACUGCAAGUUUUUAUAGUGAAUCAACUGAACAUUUUCGACCUCAGAAAUCUGCUAUAAUUUAUCUAGUUCUAACUGGUCAUGCACCGUGGAAAGUACAAGUUGGAUAUUGGACAGAGGGUGUUGAUCAAUAUGCUGUCACCACUUCAAAAAAUCCAGAUGAGAUACUUGAUUUAAUAGUAGACUAUGAUGCAAAUAAACUAACUUCCAUAAGUGUUAAUAAGUCAGGAACAUAUAAAUUGCUGGGGGUUAAUGAUGAAAAAUGUUCAGGUCAAAUUCUAAUUCCUUCAAUGAAAUCAGUAUUGAUGGCAUUCCCACCAACAGUCAAAAUUGAAACCAUCCCUAUACCUGCUGAGAAUUGUCCCGGAGAAGUUGGUCUUGAGGUGAUCCUUACUUUUACUGGCGUUCAUCCAUGGCAUGUUGAAUAUGCAGUAACAUUCAAUGGUACAAGGCAGUCAAAACUGAUAAAAAGUGAAAAGAAAACCCACACUGAAAUAAUAAAACCAGAUAUUUCUGGAGAAUAUCGAUAUGAAUUUUAUCAUUUAUAUGAUAAUGUAUAUCGUGAAGGUGUUAAAAUUGAUAAUGUUGUCUACACUCAGAAAGUUCACCCGAAACCUAUUGCCUUUUUCAAAGACAUCAAUCAUAAACCUGCCAUUAAUACUUGUGUUGGUAAUUAUGUUGAAUUUGUUGUCAAUUUCUUGGGAUCUGAACCUUUUGUAUUAACGUAUGAAGUGGUUUUUAAUUCGGUAAAGAGGAAUUCAUUUACAGUUGGAGCCAUUGAAGGACCAAGUCAUGCAAUCAAUUCACCACAAUUUAAUAUUCCGGGUGUAUAUUCGGUGGUUCUAACAAGGAUAACAGAUGUGGUAGGAUGUAGCCAGAAACUCAAUGAAUCUAAUCAACUGACUAUCAAUGUUAAGAAAGAUAAACCAACUGCUGGUUUCCAAUUCGCCAAUGAGCUGUUAUAUUUCCGUGAAGGUGAAUCUAUUGAAUUACCACUGCAACUCACUGGAAAUUUACCAUGGGAUGUUGGAUAUCGUCAUUUAGAUUAUCCUGAUAAUUUAAGAAAAGUGCAUAACUUAUAUGAUCAUUCCUUAGCAGUAAAAGUUAGUGAACCAGGUAAAUAUGAGUUGAUGGAAGUCAAAGACGCUUAUUGUUAUGGUAAUAUUAUACCUGAAAUGAAAGAGACAGAGGUGAUGUGGCUACCUAGACCAACAUUGAAUUUGGUAGAAGGUGAGGCUGAGUUAUUGCCAUCGCCACCAGCAGUGCAAAAUUAUUAUAAGCGUAAAAAUGUUUGUGAAGGAGUUGAAGAUUCUGUUGGAUUAGUAUUGCAAGGUAGAGCACCAUGGACAAUCACUUAUCAAAUUGUUUCCGAGAAAAUUGAUCAAUUUCAACAGCAAACAAUAGGAUUCCCUACAACAAGAUUACAUCUUAAUACUGGCAUUGCAGGACAUUACAUUUAUAAUUUCACAAGUAUUUCCGAUGACAUAUAUAGAAAAGCAACAUCAAUAUCGUUAUUAUUAGAACAAGAUGUCGUGGCAAGUCCAAAAGCACAAUUUGUUACAAAAGAUGAUGAUCAUGGAAUGAUAUAUCAUUGUGUCAAUUUGCCAUUUUCAAAAAAAGAUUCAAUAAAGGUUAGAUUGCAGGGAUUGCCACCAUUUGGUUUAGUGUUUGACAUAAUAUAUGAGGCUGGUAAUCAAAUUGAACGUGUAAAUAUAGAAGAGAUUAAUGAUAUGGAGUACUAUUUCUUACCAAAUAGGAAAUUUAGCUUAAUUGGAAAUUACACAGUUUCUAUUAUACAAGUAGUUGAUGCAAAUGGUUGUAGCCGGCUGUUGUUGGAUGGGCCGGAUACACGUAUCACCAUACAAAUCACAGAUGUUGCUACAAUAGAGCGGUCAUUUUCCCAGGUCCAUUGCACUUUUCCUCAACAAGUUCAUUGUGUUGGUGAUUUAUUAUUAUAUUCAUUACGAGGCAUACCACCAUGGAAUAUAACUUAUAUAUAUGAUAAUCAAACCAGACAUGCAAUAUCAAAAACGUCAAGAUUUAUAUUUGGAGCGGAUAAACCAGGCAAUAUGACGAUAUCAGAAGUGUGUCAUCAGAAUAAUGAAUGCUGUAGUUACCCAACGGAUUUAAUAGAAAUGAUUAAUGAUCUCCCGACUGCAAUUGUUUCAGAAGGUAAAGAAGUUAUUGAAGAUAUUAGAGAAGGCGAUAAAAGUGAAAUUAUAGUUGAUUUGAUUGGCACACCACCAUUUCGAUUUACUUAUACAAGGAGAGAAUUGUUGAUUGUUGGCGGUAAACGUAAGCAAGGACGUGUUUUAGAAGUUAAAACUGUCACUAAUAUAAAUGAACACAAAUAUUCAAUUUACGCGUCACAAGAAGGUAUAUUUCAAGUAAUUCAUAUAGGAGAUCGCUAUUGUGAAUAUCCAAAAAAUGGUACCAAUAAUCUUGUUAUACCUUGA